GGAUGAGCUCAACCCCGCUGGCGUUAGUCAAUCAACCUACAUUACGGAUAGUUAAUAACCAGUUACUAUUCACCUUCAUCCGCCUCCACUACGCUUGGACUCCUAUGCGCCAUGAGUCGAUCACACCUCGCCUUGCUACAUCGAUAAUCAUAGGGCACAACAUGAAUACUAUUCUGACUCCCUUGUUCGAGAAAUUGAUAUUCAUUGCUCGUAACUCGAUUCGCGAAUAGUCUACAAGAUGUAAGCUGUCAAUCACGU